AGACAUGUUGAGAAAACACAGGAGAUAUCAUCCCUCGAAUAUUUUACUUUUGUCAGAUUGGACUGUGAGAAGCUGAGAAGGAGUUUAGCGGACGCAACCCGUAAACUCUCCAAUACGCUUCUCAAGAACGUAGUGGAUACUUACAGAGGAGAGAAUGAAAACAUCUGUCAAUCCUUCCUCCAGAUAGAACAAAAAGCACUAAGGCCCCCGGAGAGUACCCAGGAGAUGAUUAACCUGGGUGAGUAUAUGUUGAACGUGAAGAACAAGGUGAUGAACUCUCUGAAGGAGGAGAUCGAGUGCUCCAAGGGUCAUCUCCUCUACCUCAUUGAUGUUCACAUCUUCUCCAAGGAGGAUAUAAACCUGAAUACAACCACCCUAGCUUGGCCCCAGAAGAUUAAACCUGUAUUUGAGCAGAACACAGAGAUAGUGGAGGACUGCAAGGCCAGGUUCGAAGAGAGGUUGCAGAGUAAGUCGGAGAAUAUUACGAAGGAGUUGGUUAAACUAAAUGGUAGAGUAAAAGAACUUGAGGAUCUCGGAGAGAUGAAAAAUAUCCAACAGUACACAUAUGAAGUUAGGUUGCUCCAGAAUAAGCUGAAGAGUUUAGAGAAUACUAUCUGCUGGGUAAACGAAGAGGAAGCUCUAUUCAAGUUCCCGCAGACCUCCUACCUAGGCGUCGGGGACAUCUCCACUAUCAGCACCGGGGAGGGGAAGAUGAAGGCCGAGAUUGAACCCUAUGCCCGACUUUUCAACACCGUCCUGAAAUGGCAGAAGGCUGAGAAGAAAUGGAUGGACGGAGCGUUUCUAGAUCUAAACUCUCAUCAGAUUACUAGCGAUAUCGACGAGUUCUCGGUAGAGAUGGUCAAACUUCAGAAACUAUUUAAAUCUAAGUUUAAGCAGGCUGCGCUGGACGGAGAAUCUAAAUAUUCCAAGAUGAAUCUGGAUGAUGCAGACCCAGAGCAGCUUCCACCUCCGCUUAAGAUCUGUGCACUGACUAUCACAGCUAUCAGUAAGUUUACAGAGAAUAUCCGGGUUGUGUCCUGUCUCUGUAAUCCGGGAAUCCGAGCUAGACAUUGGACUCUCAUGUCAGAUAUCAUAGGGUAUGAUAUUACUCCAAACUCCGGGUCUAGUCUGAGAAAGAUCCUAAAACUCAGUCUUGAACCGUUCAUGGAGAAGUUAGAAGAGGUGAGUGUAGCUGCUACCAAGGAGCAUGCACUAGAGAUGAAUUUGAAGGAAAUGAAAAGUCAAUGGAAUGAUAUAUCAUUUCAAACUGUCAAAUAUAGAGAUACAGCAAACAAGAUACUAGGCUCAGUAGAUCUAAUAGAAUCUUAUCUAGAGGAUCACUUGACAAAAACCCAAGCUAUGCGAGGUUCUCCCUACUUUAAACCUUUCGAGAAGGAAGUUUUGGGUUGGGAGAGUCAACUACUCCGUAUAGAGGAGUGUAUCAGGGUAUGGCAGGAGGUACAGAAAAAAUGGUUGUAUAUGGAGUCCAUGUUCGGAGUAGAAGAAAUAGUCCGUCCCCUCCAAGCAGAAAGCAACCUGUUUAAGGACGUGGACAAGACCUGGAAGGGUAUUAUGAGCUCCAUCAGCAAGGACCCCAGAGUUCUUGUGUCUGCAGGAGAGCAAGGGAUGCUGGAACAGUUAAAGUUAAGUUUAGAGAUUAUAGGUGUUAUUGACCAGGGAGUAAAUCAGUUUGUUGAAGAGAAGAAAACAAGUUUUCCAAGAUUUUUCUUCCUCUCCAACCAGGAUAUAUUGAAUGUGGUCUCCGAAACUAAAGAUCCAACCAGGGUUUCUCCAUACUGCCAGAAGAUAUUCGAAGGAAUUCAAAGUCUUGAGUUCAAUGAGAUUCAGGAAAUCCACUCCAUCAUCAGUCCGUCUAAUGAGACAGUUACAUUUACAUACCCUGUUCAACCUAGGGAAGCCAAGGGUUGUGUUGAGAAAUGGUUAACAGAGCUGGAAAAUCAUAUGUUUGGAACUUUAACCCAACUUUUUUUCUCUGCUAAAGAUACCUUGAGUAACUCCAAGCAAACUGAGCUGUUGGAUGAAUAUCCUUCUCAAGUUAUUCUAGCAGUUCAACAUCUGCUCUGGACACUGGACAUCCAGGAGGCAAUUAAAGGAGGGGAGCAGGCCUUGAAAGAACAAUUUGUAAAGCUGACAAAUGAUGUGAAAUACAUGAUUGAUUUUCUCCAAACCAAUGAUCUCACUGAACCUCUCCAAAUCUGUGUCAAAUCUAUGAUCAUACAACAGCUAUACUUUAAAGAGGUGACAGAGAAAGUCUACAGGGAUAGAAUAACGUCUGAAAAUGAUUUCCUUUGGAGUUCUCAGAUUCGAAUGCUGAUGGUUGAAAAUGAGCUCCAGGUCUCAGUGUUCAAUGUAACAAUAUCCUACAGGUAUGAGUAUAUUGGGAGUGUGAAAAGACUAGUAAUGACUCCUCAGACUCAUCAAGGUGUAAUAUGUCUAGCUCAAGCUUUCCAGUUAAACUAUUAUGGAAGCAUAACGGGACCUUGUGAUGUGGGUAAAUCCUCUCUGGGUAAAGAACUAGCAGCUUAUAUAGGAACCAUGUAUAGAGUCUUCUCUGGGUCUGAAAUGAACACACUCUCCUCUAUAUCAAACUUCUUGUGUGGAGUAGCCAGCUCAGGGUGCUGGGGAGUACUUGAGGACUAUGACAGAGCUAAUUCAGAAAUCAUGUCUUAUGCUUCCGUCUUCCUGGACAAUCUUCAGCAAACUACUCUUCAGAAAGAAGAAAAUCUUGUUCUAGAUAAUGGAAAAUCUCUUCCAAUAGAGUCUGGAUAUUUUGUUCUGAAAACAGGACACACUUCCUAUAUUGGGAGACACAAAGUUCCAGAAAGUUUAAAAUCUUUGUUUCGUCCAGUAACAAUACUAGCUCCUGAUAUAAAGAUUAUCCUUAAAACUAUUUUGAUAUCCUUUGGGUUCAAAAACGUGGAUUCUUUGGCUCAUAGUAUUUCAGACUUUCAAAACGUAUUCAAUAGUCAGUUUAAUAAGAAGAAGCAGUAUCAGUUUGGAUUAAGAAAAAUAGGAGAAUUUCUAGAACUGUCAAGAACAACCUUGAAGAAGAAAACUAAUGUCAAGGAAGAAGAGAUAGUAGCUAAUGCAUUGUUAGAGUGUAUAGUUCCUACUCUUCAACUGUCAGAUACAGUUGUAGUCAAGGAUAUACUUAAAACAGUAAUGAAGAUGGACAAAGAUCUUUCUGAAACUGAUCUUGUUUCUCAGGCAGAGCGUGCAGAAAAAUGCGCCAAGUAUCUUGAUCAAGGACAAGCUGUAAUUAUUGUUGGUCCCACUUACUCUGGUAAAACUACAAUAUUAAACCUAGCUGCUCAGAGGAGAAAUGUCAAGAAGAAAAUAAUUAUAAAUCCUAAGAGCAUGGAGAAAUCACAACUUUUUGGAACACAGGUUGGAGUGAAUUGGCAAAACGGCAUUCUAUCCAAGAAAUUUAGGGAGCUCUUUUUAGAAAAUAAGGAAAACUGGAUCAUUUUUGAUGGUCCUAUGGAUCACAGAUGGGUAGAAAAUCUCAACUCUUCAAUGGAUUUUAAGAAACUGGUAUAUUUUGACUCCGGGGAAACAGUUUGUAUUAAAUCAACCACAAAGAUAAUAUUUGAAUGCUCUGGUUUAGACAAUGUAACCCCUGCAACCCUUUCCAGGUGUGGAAUUAUAUCAAUACCUGGAUCAUGUCUUCCAUGGAAGAAUAUAUUUGAUAAAUGGAUGAGAAAAAUUGAGCAGGAAGCAUGGAUAGAAGGGCAUGAUGUUCUACUAAGGGAACUAUUUGAAUGGAUGCUCCCUCCACUAUUAGAACUCUUAAACUCCUGUAAGCUGGCAGGACAAGUUGUACCUAACAAUCUAGUUCAAUGCAGUCUAGAUCUGUUUGAACGAAUACUGCUGGAUGCUCUGGUAAACCUGAAGGAGAGAAAGUAUCUCCGAGGUUGGAUUCAAGCUGCAGUUGUUUAUGGUUCGAUCUGGUCCAUUGGAGGUUGCUUACUUGAUCAAGAUGAACGAGUUAAAUUUGAUUCUGGAGUUAGAGAAAUCAUAUUUGGAAAAAGUCAAGGGUAUCCUCUUCCCCAGUCCCUGAAUGGAAAGUUUGAUGCUCUGCCCCCAGUUGAAGGAGUUAUCUUUGAUUUUGUUUUUGAUUUCAAAGCUAGAGGACAAUGGAAGCACUGGAAUGAUGUCAUCAAAAAUACAGAAAUCCCAGAUGUGUACAACGUUUCAAAUCUUCUGAUCCCUACAAUAGAUAGCUCAAGAUAUGUCAAUAUUUUAGAGGCAUCCUUGAAAAUGAAUAAACCUUUCCUGCUCCUGGGACCAAGAGGUACAGGCAAAUCAACUUAUAUCACUGAUAUGCUCCAUAAUGAUCUAAAUUUAGAUGUGUAUGAUUAUCACAUAUUAAACUUCACACCUAACAUAACAUCUAAAUUUGUUUAUUCAAGUUUCAUUUCUUCUCUCACUAAGAAGUCGCCUCGAUCAUAUGGAUCAAAGACGGAUAAAAAGUUCGUCAUGUUCUUGGACAAUUUUGGAUUGCCUUUGCCUGAUGAGUUUGGAGAUCAAAUCCCAAAUGAAUUUAUUCAUUUGUUUCUAGAUCACAAAAAAAUGUUUGAUUUUGAAGAGUUCAAUGAUUAUGAACUAAAGAAUACAAACAUUGUCUGUUGUGCAAACUUUAGACCUGGGAUGAACCAAGAGCUCUCAAGUAGAACAUUGAGGCAUUUUCAUGCAGUCUCCUGCACUUACCCAAGUGAUGAUUCUUUACAGAAAAUAUUUGCGACAAAGAUGAACAUGUUUUUUAAAACCAGAUCUUUUCAACCAGAAGCAUCAGGAGUCGUGGCUCCUCUUGUUCAAUCCUCAAUAUAUAUUCACAAUCAACUGAGACAAAACUUGCUUCAAAUACCCAGCAAACCACAUUAUGUGUUUAAUGUACGAGAUAUUGCUGCUGUGCUGCAAGGAUGUAUGCUUCUACCUCGUGAACUCUCAGACAAUAAGAAGUUGUUUACUAGACUUUGGGUUCAUGAGGUUCUCAGGGUAUUCAAUGACAAGCUGGUUUCACCCGCUGAUACAGGAAUACUUUUUGAGAAUAUAAAACACUGUGUUAAAGUGAUUUUUAGAGAAAACUUUGAUUCUGCCUUUGAGCAUCUCGGAAAGGUAGACGGGUUCGUGACUGAGAUGAAUUUGCGGAACCUAAUGUUUGGUAAUUUUAUUAAAGAAGAGGAAAAACAGUUUUAUCAAGAAAUUACCAGUUUUGAGGAGUUUUCCAAGCAAACCAAACAAGCUAUUAAUCAACACUUUCAGGAAAUGCCAAAGGAAAAGUUCAACUUUGACACCUUUAAGUAUUCUAUGGAGAAUCUGAGCAAGGUUUGCAGAAUGCUCAGUAUGGAAAAUGGAAACAUUAUUCUCCUCGGAGAGGCUGGAACUGGAAGGGAGCUGACCACUAGAGUUGCAAGUAUCCUAAAAAAUGCUCUUAUGUAUACUCCGCCUAUUAGAGAAGACUUUUUAUUUCAAGAUUGGAGGAAUGAUUUUAAAAACCUGCUGAGAAAUGCUGGAGGUCUGGGGAAAUGCUGUAUUCUUUUCAUAAAUCCUGAAAUGCUGGACUAUGAUGUUUAUCUGAAUGAUAUCAAUACAUUUCUGACAAGCUCUGAUCUGCCCAAUUUAUUCUCAGUGGAGGAGAGAUAUGAAAUUACUGAGCAAGUUCAUAACUUUUUGAAAAGGUCCAAGGGAUGUGAAUCAGAACUGAGUCCUGCAGAAUUGUUUACCAAGUUUAAAGAGCGAUGUAGAGCAAAUCUCCAUAUAAUCAUGAAACUAUCAGUUGGUUCUAAAGUGCUGACAAUAAUAAGUAGAAAAUAUCCUAGAAUUGUUGAUAGCUCAACAAUAUCCAUCUUCCAGCAGUGGCCUGAUGAUGCAUUACAAAAGGUUGCAGAAACAUUCUUUGAAGAACUUGUGAUAGAUCGUGAAGAACGAAAAGCUCUGACUGGAAGUGUGAAAGAAGUUUAUUAUGAGAUGCUAAAGUUGGCUGAAGACAUCAAUACUACAUCAACUAUUAAAAUUGACAUUUCACCAUCCUCAUUUCUCUCUUGUACCCGAUCUUAUUCUAGAAUGUUCACCUCCUAUCUAUCUAGUUUGACAGCAAAAAAGAAAUUUUAUGAAGACAUCCUUCUGAAGUAUGGUUGGAUCAAAAAAGAGAUCAGUAGUCUGGAGAAAGAUAUUGCAGAUCUACAAACUCAGGGUGAAACACUGGAUGAAGACUUUAAAAAACUUGAAACUCAGUUGGAAUCAGAAAAUGGAGUUCUUGCAACAUUAAAUGCCGAUUUAUUAAUUGAAGAAGAGCGACUUCAAAGUGAACAGAAAAUACUGAAUAAUGUAAGAGAAAUUUGUGAAAAUGAAUUCAAAAAUGUCAAUGAGAAGAUAAAUGCUUGCAUAGUAUAUCUAAAAAACUGUUCUCCACUUGAAUUACAACAGCCAUGUCAGCUGAAGAAACCAAGUGCUCUAUUGAAAAGAACCAUGGCAGCUCUCUGUCUACUUCUAGAUAUUAAUCCUGAUAUGAUACCAGAUCCCUCCAGUAAAAAGAAGGAUGCUGAGGAGGUUCCUGAUUAUUGGGGUCCAGGUAAACGUCUUCUUCAGACCGCAGACUUUGUUUCAAAUUUGGAAAUGUUGGAAAAAGAAAAGGUUUCUGAAGAGAAGCUUUCUAUUCUAAGAAAUGAUUAUGUUAAUAGUGAUUUUGAACCAAGUGCUCUUGCUAAAUCUUCAAUAGUUGGGGAGACUAUUUGUAAAUGGGUUAAACUGACUGAAGCCUAUAUAACAAUUGACGAAGCUAAUCAGGCCAAGAAAGAUGAUUUGAAGGAAGCAGAAAUUAAAUACGAAAAGGCCAAACAAGAGUAUCACUUGAAAAAAGGUAAAGUUGAGGAUCAACAAGAUCGCAUAAAGGAGACUAAUCAGCAGAUGAAUGAAAAUAAGGAAAAGAAAAAGGAGUUGGUUGAGGAAUCAAGCUUCAUGGCGCUUAAGAAACAACGAGGUGAAGAACUAUUGGAAAUCUUACAAAAUGAGAAUGCUUGGUGGGGCGAGGAAAAAGAAAAGCAAGAAAAAUAUUUAGAAACAUUGAUCGGAAAUAUACUCCACCUGUCAAGUUUACUAUUCUAUCUUUCUGGAUUUCCAGAAACAUAUCGACAAGAUGCUCAAACAAAAAUUGAAAAUAUCCUUUUUAAAUGGAAACUUCCCUUUUCCAAUGAAGAUUUAAGAUUCUCUCUCAUUCUCUCCGAGACGGAAGUAUUACAGUGGGAGCUGCUUGGUUUACCAAAUAUCAGAUACUAUAUAACAAAUGCACUUGUCAUGAAGUUAUCACCAAGAUGGCCUCUUUUACUAGAUCCUGACAAUCAAACCGUUCACUGGCUUCAGAAGGUCCAAAAGAAGAACGGGUUAGUUUCAAUCAAUGUAGACGAUCAGGACCUUGUAGAGCAUUUAGUUGAUGCUGUUGAGAAAGGAUAUCCUCUUUUGAUCAUGAAUAUUAAAAAUACUAUAGACUCAUCAUUGAACAGACUUAUUAGGAAGGAAUACUUCACUGAAGAAGGAAUGGAAAAGGUUGAAAUAGGGACUAAAAUAGUUCAAGUUAACAAAAACUUCAGAUUGAUUUUCAGCACUGAAUCCAAGGCAAUAACAUUUUGCCCAUAUGUUCAAAUCCAUCUUCUUCUCAUUAAUUGUGUAUCGACUAAACAAGGCAUUGAAGAUAAUUUAAGAAGAAUGGUGGUUUCCAGAGAACGAACUGAUAUUCGUCAAAAGACAGAAUAUUUUGUAAACAGGUUCUGUGAGACAUCAAAAAUCUUGGAUCAGAAUAGGAGUAACAUUAUCAGGGUACUUCUUAAUACUGAUGGAAACAUUUUAGAACACGAGAAUGCCUGCAAGGAGGUUCAGGACAACCUUGUAGAAAUUCAGAGUUGUUUACUAAGAAAGACCAAACUGCUUGCCAUGCAAACUGAGAUAGAAGAAAUCAAUGCCAGCUAUAUUACAAUAGCUAAACAUGGAGCAACACUUCUAAACACUAUUAAAAAGUUAGAAGUGUUAAACCCAGUCUAUACAUUCUCAUUUAAAUGGUUUUUAAACCUUUUCCAAUCGUCGAUAGAGAAUAGUAACAAAUCUAAGGUUUUGACCAAGCGCAUCCGAUAUCUUUGCGAUCAUUUAACAUUCAACUGUUUUGUUCAAGUAUCCCAGUCUGUAUAUAUAGAGGAUAAAGAUACAUUCUCCUUUCUACUCUGUGUAGAUCUCAUGUUGCAUAGAGAAUUAAUCAGUGAAUUGGAAAUCAGAGUGUUAUUGGAAAGGGUUAAACCAUCCGACCUACCUAAUCCAUGUUCACUAUGGUUGUCCGAUGAAAAAUGGAACCAUGUAUGUAAAUUAGAACAAUUGGAUUGCUUCAAAGGGAUUGUCCAGGAUUUUCAUGACAAUGAUAGAAAAUGGAAGAUCAUUUUUGAUGCAGUUGAACCAGAUGACCUUCCUCUUCACCAGCCCUGGAACACAAGGCUAACAAGGCUGCACAAGUUAAUCAUUAUCAAAAUUCUGAGACCAGACAAAUUUCUGGAAAUUUUUGAAUCCUUUAUUUCAGAAAAUUUGGGAUAUAAGUUUGUUGAGCCAAUGCCGAAUGAUUUAGGAAGAAUUCUGUCAGACAGUUGUCCUAAAAUGCCAAUUUUGCUUUUGUUAGCAGAGAACCGCCAACCUCUUGAGAUGGUUAGAAAAUUAAGGAAAGUAAGACACAAGGAUAAAACUCGCGGCCUGAACAUAUUCAGUUUGAAUACGGAUCAACUCAAAACUAUUUGUACUUCCGUGGAACAUAGCUUGAAAGAUGGCUCCUGGGUGAUUAUUCAAAACUGUCAGUUCUCCAAGGAAGCAAGGAUUAAUAUGGAAAAGAUUUUCAUCCUUGUAUCAACCUCUACAGAUCUUAAUCAAGAUUUCAGACUUUGGUUUACAUCAGACCCUGUAUCAACCCUAGGGUCCCUGGUACCUGGAAACUGUUCCAAGUUUGUAAUUGAAGCUGCCAAGGAUAUGAAAGACACACUUCUGAAUGUUCUUCAACAAACCUUUCUUACAAAAGAACUCUUUGAGACGGGAACUCCUGGAAAAGAGAUUAGCUAUUCUAAACUAUUGUUUUCUCUUCUCUUUCUAGUUAUCAAAUUUAAUGGACGAAACUUCUACCCUAGACAGGGAUGGUCUCUAAAAACUCUGUUCAACAUGGUAGAUGCAGAGUUUGCUAUGCAUAGCUUGAGAAAUGUAAUCAGAAUGUUUGAAGGUAUAAAUUUCCCAGCCUUUAUCCACCUAAUUAAAGAAUGUAACCUGAAGCACAGAACUCAGGAUAAUCAAGAUCUUGAAAUGUUAAAUGUUUUGAUUGAUGAAGUUAUGAACGAAGAUGUUCUGACUGUGAACAGAUAUAAGCUCUCUGACUCUCCUCAUUAUCAUGUACCAAACAAGAUCCUUUUUACCGACUAUAUAGAUGCUGUCAAGAGCUGGCCUCAAAGAACACAAUUUGAUGCUUACAACAUAAGACAAAUUAUUGAAACUGAGAAUAACUGCAAUUUAGCAAGACAACUCCUGGAUAAACUACUGAAUGCAUACAGACUAAAAGAUAAAAAUAAAAGUUGUAUUAUCUCGGAGUUGAAAGCCCAUAUGAAAAAGCUAAAUGAUACUCUACCAACCUUAAAGCCCUCAGACCGAUUAGCCAGGACCCUGCAAGAAGAAGUUGAAGCAUAUACUGUAAUAAAAGAUAGUCUUUUGAUUCAAGUACAAGAACUGGAAGAUCAGAUUGAGGGGACUAGUUUCCUAGACCCUAGAUUAGAAGAACUACUGAUGUAUCUAGAAAACUACCAGGUGCCUCCAGGAUGGAUUGAACAGGCUGAUCUUGGGGUUCAGCACUCUCUUGAGUUUGUAGACACCGUGUUCAGUAACCUUAGAUACUUGCUUCAGUUAGAUCCAUCCACUGGGAUUCAACUUGGAGCUAUUCUGCAACCUCUCAGAUUGUUUGAAGCUGCUAAACUUGAUUUCUGUGAUAAAGAAGAAGUUCCUUAUCAUGAUGUUGGAGUAUCUACAUCUAUUCAAGAAAACUGCAGUGAAAGUAAGGCUGAUAGCAAAACCUUGCUGCUGAGAGGUUUAGUCCUGGAGUAUGCUGAGUUUAAUUUGAUAAAGGGAAGUUUAGAGCAUUGCAUGGAGAAAAGUAAACAUCUUAUUCCAUCUCUAACACUACAUUUCUAUAAUAAAUCUGAGUGUACAACACCGGAGGGGGUGGAUAUGUACAUGUGUCCCAUGUACAUUACUUCCAAUAGAGUUCUAUCCAAUGGGAGCUCAUCUUUAGUACUUCAUCUUUCAAUCCCAACUCAAGUUCCUAGUUCAGAACUUGUGAAAGCUGGGACAGCAAUUAUCAUCAGAAACUACAUGUAAAUAUAUGUUUGUAAAUAUAA